GUUAAUCGUGAAAUUUCAUAUUAGUUUUUUAAACGUGCCUUUUUGCAAUAUAUCGAAAUAAAUUCAUAGAAAUUCAAUAAAAUAUCAAUUAAAUAAAAUGCAAAUUCUUUUAAAAUAUAAACAAUUAUGUAAAAUAAACUUUUCCGCUUCAACUAUAUGUCGUCUAGUCUCACAAAGUUGCACAGGAUUCGAUGUGAAUCAUUUAACUAAUUCAGUAAAACGGGACAUAGAAUCCCAUUGGCGUGACAAACUCAACAUUGGCCAAUUUAAUAAAAAUGCACCCGCCAACAAAUUCUAUGUCCUCUCGAUGUUCCCUUAUCCUUCGGGAAAUCUUCACAUGGGACAUGUUCGAGUAUAUGCUAUAAGUGACACUGUUGCUCGAUUCCAUCGCAUGAAUGGUAAGAAUGUAUUCCAUCCAAUAGGAUGGGAUGCAUUCGGUCUGCCUGCCGAGAAUGCUGCUAUUCAAAGAGGAAUCGAACCGGCUGCAUGGACAAAUCAAAAUAUCUCACAAAUGAGAGACCAACUAAAGAAACUGGGUUGUUCCUUUGAUUGGAAUCACGAACUAUCCACCUGCAAUUCAGAUUAUUACAAAUGGACACAAAAACUCUUUCUAAUGCUGCACGAACAGGGUCUGGCCUAUCAGAAUGAGGCUCUGGUAAACUGGGAUCCAGUUGACAAAACAGUCCUGGCUGAUGAACAAGUCGAUGCCAAUGGUUGUUCAUGGAGAUCUGGAGCCAAAGUAGAAAAGAAACUCCUCAAACAAUGGUUCGUUCGGACAACAAAGUUCGCCAAAGAACUGCUCGAAGGUCUUAAUGAUCCAACUCUGCAAGAUUGGCGAGAUAUCAUCAAUCUGCAGCGUCACUGGAUCGGUGAAUGUGAUGGUUAUGCAUUUCAAUUGGGACCACUGCGUGUUUGGACGCAAUUCCCUGAGCAUUUGGUAGAUCCAAAUGCCUUUCUCAUUCUCAAGAGCACUCAUUACUUAAAACAGUCUCCAAAUCCUCCCGAAUCUGUGAAGAAUCCCUUCACAGGAGAGAUAAUUCCAAUUGUCUACAGCGACGAUGCUGAAUUUGCACCAAAAUGUGAUGUCUACCUCGCUGCUCCGAGUUUUAUGGAAUCGGAGAAAGAUCUUUUCACCGAAUUUAAUGUUAAGUUAGAUGUUCCCAAAGAUUUGGCAUUCAAAGCGUGUCGAGAAUCGAUUUUAGAAAAAGCUAAAAGUCUUAAAAUCGGUGGCUACGAAGUCAGUUCCAAGUUGCAGGACUGGCUUAUAUCUCGACAGAGGUACUGGGGUACUCCAAUUCCCAUAAUUCAUUGUUCCGAAUGUGGACCAGUUGCAGUACCUGAAAAGGACCUGCCAGUUCAGCUUCCUGCGGAGAAAACAGAAGAAUCACUCAAAGUAGACUGUCCCAAAUGUGGGAAUCCAAAUGCCCAACGAGAAUCUGAUACCAUGGACACGUUUGUUGACAGCUCCUGGUAUUACCUUCGCUAUUUGGAUGCACAAAAUUCAAAUGAGAUCUUUGACCAAAAUUUGGUCAGGAAAUGUAUGCCUGUAGACUUGUAUAUCGGUGGGAAGGAACAUGCAGUUCUACAUUUAUACUAUGCCAGAUUUAUGAAUCAUUUCCUACACUCCCAGGGAUUAGUUCCUUGUUCGGAACCAUUUAGUCGACUUUUAGUGCAAGGAAUGGUCAUGGGACGCUCAUUUAGAGUGAAAGGAAGUGGAAAAUAUCUGACUGAAGAUGAGGUUGACAUUGUGGAUCCUAAGAAGAACAAAGCAUUGACAAAAGAUACCAAAGAAGCCGUUGUCAUGUCUUGGGAAAAAAUGUCCAAGUCUAAAUUUAAUGGCGUCGAUCCAUCAGAUAUGAUUGACGAGUAUGGAAGUGAUACUACAAGACUGAUAAUUCUGGCGGAUGUGGCGCCAACUUCUCACAGAAACUGGUCAAAUGCUACAUUUCCUGGAAUCCUAAACUGGCAAAAAAGACUAUGGUUAACGCUUGAUACGUUCUAUAAGCUUCGUCAAGAAGAUACUAGUCCAGAUUUGAAUGCAUUAGAUGAGAAAUUCGUGAAGGAGGAAGAAACACUAUUCGAUGCUCGAAACUACUAUGUGGCUGGAGCCACUUUUAACUAUAGACACACGCAUCAGUUAAGUGUGGCUAUAUCAAAAAUGCAAGGACUCACAAACUCCAUUAGACGAGCUUCAAAAGAUUCAAUAAAGCAUGGGAAGCAUUUCGAACGGGCCUUAGCAACACAGAUUAUAAUGCUAGCUCCUAUGGCCCCGCAUUUCGCAUCUGAAUUGUGGUCAAAACUUACUUCAGCACCUAAUCGAUUGAAUGAAAAUUUAGAAGACAUUCAAUGGAAUAAGGAUGUCCUCGAACAGCGAUGGCCUGAUGUGGAUAAUGAAUAUCAACUGGAUUUGACUAUUAAGGUAAAUGGUUUCGAAAAUGCUGUGAUAAAAAUUCGACGCAGCAACAUUGAUAAGAUCACCCAUAGUGAUGCAAUGGACAUUGCAUUCAAUACAGACUCAGUGACAUCGUAUUUGACAGACAAAAAGAUUCGAACCACAAAUUUUGUUCUGUAUCCUGGAAUCGAAGCGAUAUUGAAUAUUUAUGUAGAUAAGGCAACGCAGAAUAAAGAGGAAAAACCAGUGGACAGAAAGGCAAAGGAGGAUUAGUUAAGAAAAGUUGUGUAAUGUUGUAGAAAUUAGAUUAAAGUUAUUAAUUAUUAUUUUAAGAAA